CCCCUCUAAACUCGGCUAUUUCCGAUUUACCAAACAAGUGAUUCAACAAGCCAACAGCAUAUAACUAAGAAACCAGUCUCAGUCUUCAAUCCAGCAGCUUAGUAGCUCUUACUCUCUUUUUAUUUACAUAGGGUUUCUUUAGAAAGGCCUGGAUUUCUUUGAGAGUCCAUAAUCCUUUGUUUGUUGGCCUGAGAUAUAUUGCUGUUGGGGAAACCCAUAAUUGAAAGCAAUGUCCAUCAAUCAAGAAGUUUCUAUACAAAAUAGUGAUGCUAGGUGUUUGGAUGAUAAUGGUUUGAGUUUGGAAAAAGUCACAAAUGAACCAGAAUUACAAAAUGAAAACCACGGUCCAUUAAAUCAGGCGGCAGAACCGGUGUUACCUUCUGCACAGCCGCCUGCUGCAAGUCCAGCAACUGGAGAAAAGGGUGCUCCAGCACUUGCACGAAAUUUCCUAAAGAAACUGCGGGCUGCCUCGUAUCAUACUGCAACGGAGGUUCCUCAAAACCAGUCGAACGCUGGUACAGAUUCGAAUCUAGAAACAUUCUAUGAGGCUCCACAAGAAAUUGAACGGCAACAGCAAGACCCACAACAAGGAACAAAUCAUCUUGCGCCUCCGAAAACAGAUGUUGAUGAUUCAGCUAGCCCAAACCGGUUUAGGAAACAUAGUGCUCGCCAAAUGUGGAUGCAAUUGAUGUCAUCUGUUCGAAAUUUGAAAAAAGAAUCUGAUAAAGACAACAAAGAAGCUCCUGACAUUUCUGCCCAUGACACAUUUUUGGCUGGUGCCCCAGCAACUUUACCAAUUGCAAAGCAGUUUAUUCAUGAUCGUUCCCGUAAUCAUGUCCUACCUGUGCUUACAGGUUUUUUACACGUCUCAGUUGUUGAAGUUGAGCCGAAACACAAUCGGAUUCAAAGUACAAUUACUAUACAGGUUGAAUAUGGUUCUGGUCCGAAUGCACUUCGGUGGAGGAUUUAUCGUCAACUUCGCGACUUUAUCAAUCUUCAUUCUCAUUUCCUUGUAUUUGAAUUUCAACAUCAUUUUUAUGGUAAGCGCAUGAAGCUUCCCAAGUUUCCUAAAGAAGUAUUGCCUUACCUGGUAAAACUGCGAGGCUAUAAUAGAGCUUCCAUGACUAACCUAGAUGAUCCUCUCAUUGACGAAACUCAAAGCUUAUCCAAUUUGUCAAUAGAGUCUCAAUCUGCUGAGAUUCCACAACAAACCGGGAGUCGUGGUCAUAGUGGAGUCAAGAAAAAAGUUGCGAACUUUUGGACUAUACAAGGUAAUACUUUAGGUAAAUACUUGCAGGAAAUGAUUAAUAAUCUGCAAUUUUUUCCUGAGGUCAAUGUUUUAUAUGCAUUUCUGGAAAUGAGCAACAUGGGCUUACGUUUAGCUGGCUCAGGAAGAUUCCAUGGUAAAGAAGGUUAUGCAACUGUGAGAAAAAAUUAUUCAGCUUCGCAAAGCAUUCUUUGUUGCUCUGGGCCUUCGGUUCGUUCUCGUUUACAUCCCUUUUGGAUUAUUGUUUCUGAAAGUUGUAUAAUAUUUUGUGACUCUAUGCAUUCCUUUGAAGCUAUGGACGUGUUUAUAUGGGAUGUUGAUUUUGAAAUCACUAGAAAAAAAUUUAGAAAGUCUCACCCAAAAGAUACGCAAGAAAAAAUACGAGUUUCACAUCACUCUUUUAAAAUAAAAAAUAAGCAGAAAGUUAUUAAACUUUCUGUUAGCAGUGGUCGUUGGCUACAGCAGUUUAUCAACAGUGUCCAAGUUGCUCAAGGGUUAACUUCUUGGUGCGAACUCCAUCGUUUUGACAGUUAUGCCCCUGUAAGAACUAAUGUUGCUGUUCAAUGGAUGGUGGAUGCUCGAGAUCACAUGUGGAAUGUUAGCCGAGCAUUUAAAAAUGCGAAACAUACGAUCAUGAUUCAUGGAUGGUGGUUAACACCAGAAUUACAACUCCGGAGACCAUAUAGCCUUGCCGAAAAUUGGCGAAUCGAUCAUUUGCUUGAGGAAAAAGCCAAGCAAGGAGUCAAGGUUUAUAUUAUGGUUUACAGAAAUAUUGAUGCUACCGUCCCUAUAGAUUCAUUUCAUACAAAAAGUUAUCUUCAAUCGUUGCAUCCAAACAUAUAUGUCAUUCGUUCACCGUCCCAUUUCCGACAAAACGCUCUUUUUUGGGCACAUCAUGAGAAGUUAGUGAUAGUUGAUGAUGCCAUCGCUUUUAUAGGUGGAAUAGAUCUUUGUUUUGGUCGUUUUGAUACAUCCCAGCACAUCCUCUAUGAUGACAAAUUGGUUAACCCACCCGAUGAAAAUGUUCGUAAUGAACAGGCUUGGAAAGGAAAAGACUAUUCUAAUCCGCGCGUACAUGACUUCUUUGACUUAACUCAGCCGCAUAAAGAUAUGUACGAUCGAACAGUGAUACCCCGUAUGGGUUGGCAUGAUGUAUCCAUGUCUCUUUUAGGCCAACCUGCUAGAGAUGCAGCGAGACACUUUGUUCAAAGAUGGAAUUAUUUAAUCGAGUGUAAACGACCUGCUAGGAAGGUCCCCUUGUUGAUUCCUCCAGUUGAUUUCACUACUGAGCACCUUAUUGACAAAAAAUUGACUGGAACAUGUGAAGUUCAACUUUUAAGAUCCGCUGGUCUUUGGUCUUUGGGUUUGGCGGACUCAGUCGAGCAGAGCAUACAAAAUGCUUAUGUAAAGUGUAUUGAAAAGAGUGAGCAUUUUGUUUACAUAGAAAAUCAGUUUUUUGUGACAUCUACUGUUAGUGAUGGUACUAUCAUUGAAAACCGUGUUGGUGAUGCUUUGGUCGAAAGGAUCAUUAGAGCUCACAAUAACAAUGAAAGAUGGAGGGGUGUGAUCCUUAUUCCUUUACUUCCUGGGUUUCAGGGUCAAAUAGAUAUGCAAGAAGGAAGCAGCCUUCGUUUGAUUGUGGAUUGUCAAUACAAAAGUAUUUGCAGGGGAGAAAACUCAAUAUUUGGGCGACUUCAGGCAAAGGGAAUUGAUGGCUCAAAAUAUCUUCACUUUUAUGGUCUCAGAGGUUGGGCGCACAUAGGCCCGGAGCAUGAAUUAUCCACUGAUCUUAUAUAUGUGCAUGCUAAAAUUCUUAUUGCUGAUGAUAGGGUAGCUGUCAUUGGGUCAGCAAACAUUAAUGAACGUUCUCUUCUAGGAAAUCGAGACUCCGAGAUUGCCGGAAUAGUACGCGAUACUUUGACUAUUGAUUCUAAAAUGAAUGGACGACCAUAUAAAGUAGGAAAGUUUGCUCACUCAUUACGUAUUCGGUUGAUGCGGGAACAUUUGGGAAUCGAAACGGAUAUAAUGGAGCAACGUGAAUACAAUAUGGACGGUCUUGAUCGACAAACAGAGUGGAAACGAGUGGAUGCCUGGAAUCCCGAUGAGGACGAGCAUGUUGGUGGUUCGGCAUUUGACGCGGAUGAACUAAAUAUGCACUAUCGUUCCGACGUAAAGUUUGGUAAUGUCCCCCCAGAAAAGCUGGUUGAAUGCCAUAAACAAGUGGAAAAAUUUGAUGAACGUGUUAGAAUUUUUCCAAAAUACAGUAUUGUACCCGAUCGCACCUCUAAUGGAAAUAGGUUUGAAGAGGAUGACUACAAUGACUUGAAGAAAGGACCAACUUUAACUGCUAAUGCCUUAGUAGGGGGAAUUCCAUCUUACAUUAAUAAUGAUGACGGUACUCUUCAUGAACUGUCCAAGUUUCCUGAAUUUCAUGAAGAUCAAAGGCCAAUGAUACGUAAAGAUCCUCAUCAUAAGGUCGCAGAGCCUUCCAGGCCCCAUUGCGGUAAUGGUUUAGCAUUGUUUGAUGAUAUUCCUUUGCUUGAGGUAAAUCCUUUAACGAAUGAGGAAAUCCCCAAGUUUGACGCUUCCAGUUUCGAAGAUCCAGUUUCGGAGGAUUUUUUUGAUAAUAUUUGGUGCAAGACGGCUGAAAAUAACACUAUGUUUUACAGACAUAUAUUCAAGUGCAUUCCUGAUGAUACUGUGUUGACUUGGGAUGCGUACCAAGAGUGUAAAAAAUACGCUCAGCUUUUCAAAGAAGAACAGAAACGUUGGCGAGAGCAAGAGAGCCCUAUGGAUACACAUAAGAUGGAAAAAGGGAGCUCGGAUUUUCAAUCGGGUGUAUCUUCAGUAAACACUGCCGGUGAAAGCGGAAACUCCGACGAAGAGAAAAAUGUUAGAAGACAAUCCAGUAAAGGUGCUAGGAAAAAUCGAAUGAAAAUCCCAGAUAGACAAACAGUAUAUCAACUUCUGCGAGGAAUCCGAGGCCAUUUGGUCGAACUACCCAUUCAUUGGAUGGCAUCAGAGGAUGCUUCAAAGAACUGGUUGAGUGGUUUUGAUAAGAUUCCACCAUUAGAUAUUUAUGAUUAGAGUACAAUGAUUUUUUUAUAUGACACACACCAAUUUGAAUGAUUAAAAUAAAUAUAUGCUUAAAUAUAUACUCAUGGA